CCUGCACACACCGCUGCGCUCUGGCGGCGGGCAGCGCGGACCGGCCAGGCCUGGCCCACCAGCGCUGGGCCACUGCAGGAGCCCCGGGCUCGGAAACCGGCCGCAGGGCCGCCGGCCUCUGGCCCUUUAAGACACUGUCUCGGCGCUCGCCGGUUGCCUGGCCCUUUAAGAGCUGGCCCUGCCCACUGCCCCGUCAGGCUAGCGAGCCUCGGCAGCUCCAGGUGCAGGCCUGCUGGGGUUCGGCGCCCAGCCUCCCUCCCUGCCUGGCGCCAUGGCCAUGAGAGAGCUGGUGGAACCGGAGUGCGGGGGCUCCAACCCCCUGAUGAAGCUGGCUGGCCACUUCACCCAGGACAAAGCCUUGCGACAGGAGGGACUGCAGAGCCCGCUGGCGUGGACCCCUGGAGCUGCCGGAGCUGCAGUUGUAUCCAAACCACUGGAUGUGGCCACUGAAGAUGAGCUGGUUGGAGAGUUCCUGCAAGAGCAGAAUGCCCCUUUACUGUCCCGUGCACCUCAGACCUUUAAGAUGGAUGACCUGCUGGCUGAGAUGCAAGAGAUUGAACAGUCAAGCUUUCGCCAGGCUCCCCAGCGCGCUCCAGGUGUGGCAGACCUGGCACUGUCUGAAAACUGGACUCAGGAAUUCUUGGCUACAGCAGUUGAUGCUGGUGACAUCUCUUCAGAUUACAAUGAGGCUGACUGGUCACAGGAGUUCAUUGCUGAAGUGACAGAUCCACUGUCUGUGUCCCCUGCCAAGUGGGCAGAAGAAUACCUAGAACAGUCAGAGGAGAAACUGUGGCUGGGGGAAUCAGAAGACCAGUCUUUGGCAGAUAAAUGGUAUGAGGAAUAUCAGCCUGAGGAUGAUCUGAAGAAAACUGUUAGUGAUUUUGUCUCUAAAGUGGAUGAUCCAAAACUCAAGAAUUCUGAGUUCCUAAAGUUUGUGCGCCAGAUCGGAGAUGGGAGGGUAUCGAUUGAAGCUAAUCAGGUGACCCACAGAGACCAGGAUCAGGCAGAGCAAUGGGCAGCUGAGUUUAUACAGCAGCAGGGGGCAUCCGAUGCCUGGGUGGAUCAGUUUGCGCCAUCUGGGAACAUGUCAACUCUUGAUAUGGAAUUUGAGCAGGCAAAGACUGCUGUGGAGUCAGAUGUGGACUUCUGGGACAAACUUCAGGCAGAAUGGGAGGAGAUGGCCAAGAGAGAUGCAGAGGCUCACCCUUGGCUCUCUGAUUAUGAAGACCUCAGCUCUUCAUCAUAUGACAAGGGUUACCAGUUUGAGGAAGAUAAUCCCAUGAGAGACCACCCAGAUGCGUUUGAGGAGGGGCGGAAGCGCCUGCGAGAAGGUGACCUCCCCAAUGCUGUCCUGCUCUUUGAGGCUGCAGUGCAACAGAAGCCAGAUCAUAUGGAGGCCUGGCAGUAUCUGGGAACCACUCAAGCAGAGAAUGAGCAGGAGCUUUUGGCAAUCAGUGCCCUCAGACGGUGCUUGGAGCUGCAGCCUGGCAACCUGACUGCACUUAUGGCUUUAGCAGUCAGCUUCACCAACGAGUCCUUGCAGAAGCAGGCAUGUGAGACCCUGCGGGACUGGCUGCGUCAUAAACCAGACUAUGCCCACCUGCUGGAGAAGGAACCACAGGAGAGUGUCUCGGGGACAAACCUGGGGCCUUCCAAGCAUGUCCUAGGUUCAGUGCUAUCAGACUCGCUGUUUGUGGAGGUUAAAGAGCUGUUCUUGGCAGCUGUGUGCAGCAAUCCCUCAACUGUGGAUCCUGAUGUUCAGUGUGGUCUGGGUGUCCUGUUCAACCUCAGUGGCGAGUAUGAGAAGGCUGUGGAUUGCUUCAAUGCUGCCCUCAGCGUGCGCCCCAACGACCAUCUCCUGUGGAACAAGCUCGGUGCCACUCUGGCCAACGGCAACCGGAGCGAGGAGGCUGUGGCUGCAUACCGCCGGGCGCUGGAGCUGCAGCCGGGGUACAUCCGCUCCCGCUACAACCUGGGCAUCAGCUGCAUCAACCUGGGUGCACAUCGGGAGGCUGUGGAGCACUUCUUGGAGGCGUUGCACAUGCAGCAGAAGAGCCGAGGCCCACGGGGGCAGCAAGGUGCCAUGUCUGACAACAUCUGGAGCACACUGCGAAUGGCCCUCUCCAUGCUGGGGCAGAGUGACCUCUAUGGGGCAGCUGACUCCCACGACCUUCCUACACUGCUUCAGGCAUUUGGGCUCCAGCAGUGACCUUCCUUAGAAAACCUUCACUAGGACUCACAUCUCUGCUCUGGUAGGGCAGCUCACUGGCAACUGUUUCUCAAAGACCUCCCACUGAAGUGUGCAGCUUCCUCCACCUGUCUGUUGUGGCCUGAGUGCUGCUGUGCAGUUCCUGUCACCACCUUUGACUGACACUCUGCUGCCAAGCAGAUGAUCCAAGUGGGGAAGAAUGCAGCACCAGUUCUCCUGCCAGACUGCAUCUGCAGUUGUGGCCAGCUUGGCUGUGAGACCUUGUCACAGCUGUUCUGCAGCGUCUGCCUGUUGGCUAUGUCCAGUGUGGGUUGCUUUGGUGGCCCAGGGUUGCCAGGUGGUGCAAGCAUGAUAAAUUGUGAGGUUUGAGCAUGCUUCUCCCAUGUGUGUGCUUGGUAAUGUGGAGGUGGGGUGCUGGGGGAAAGUAGGGGCAGCAGUUCCCUGUUCUGGGUGCUGCUAACUUCAUGGUACAGCCAAGUGCUUGUUUCUCAGUGUCUCUUUAUGACCCUUUUAAGAGCAGAGUCUUGUACCUGGUGGAGGCCCUUGCCCUGUCAUCAUAAGAGGAGAUGUCAGAGUUCAGACUUGAGUGUGGUAGGAAUAAAAAUCAAAAAUGUCACCUCUCAGCCCAGAAUAUUGUGGGGAAAGGGCCAGGUCUUACUUUUCACACGAUCAUCUGUCACAGUUUAUCCUUUGUGCAGAAGUUGCUGAUCUUGUCUGUAACUGAACCUUGUUAAUUAUAAAUAUCUGUAUAUGAUUCUGAUGGGGGGAAAAGGGAUUUUUAAUUGUAAAGUAUUUUAUAUAGUACAAGGGGGGAGAAUUAAAACUGCCAAAAUGCCA